GCCCUCCUUCCUGCUCCAUUACUAUAAACCCUACAACACCUUUGUUCCCAUAAACCCCAUAACCCCUUAUCUAGGGUUCUCUCUUCACCAUCUCUGCAAAUCCCAUUCCCUCCCUCUCUCUUCUCUCGAUCCCCGUGGCUACUAUGAUUAGUACAAUUUUCAGAAGAUCUUAUUCUUUAGUCUCAAGGCGUGCUUUCGCCGCCUCCGCGUUGAUCGAGAAUCACCAUCACCUCAUCUCAUCAGUCGCCGGCUAUGGUGGGGUUGCUGGUAGUGAGCUUCGGCCAUUCUCCAACUUGUUUGGUUCCGGUGUGUUCAAGUCAAGCGCAUUUCAUUCCCAAGCGGGGCCGUUGAAUUUCCGGGCGUCAUUGGUUCCUCGUGCCGAGUAUGCUGUUGAUGAUUACUCCUUCGAAGAAGGGCCCAAGGGAAACAGUGAUGAUGGCCUUGAUAUAGCGAAGCUCGGUAUUGCUCAGGAUAUUGUCUCUGCUUUGGCCAAGAAAGGUAUAACGAAGCUCUUCCCUAUACAGAGAGCUGUUCUGGAACCUGCCAUGCAAGGUCGUGAUAUGAUUGGUCGGGCUAGAACAGGAACUGGGAAAACUCUUGCUUUUGGGAUACCUAUCAUGGACAAGAUCAUUCAGUUUAAUGCCAAGCACGGACGAGGAAGGGAUCCUCUUGCUUUGGUUUUGGCCCCAACUAGAGAACUUGCUCGGCAGGUUGAAAAGGAAUUUUACGAGUCAGCACCUAAUUUGGAUACAAUUUGUGUUUAUGGGGGAACACCCAUUUCACGCCAAAUGAGGCAGCUUGACUAUGGCGUUGAUAUUGCAGUAGGCACACCUGGUCGAAUUAUUGAUCUUCUUAACAGAGGUGCUCUAAAUUUGAAGGACAUUCAGUUUGUUGUACUUGAUGAAGCUGAUCAGAUGCUUCAAGUCGGCUUUCAGGAGGAUGUUGAAAAAAUCUUGGAGAGGCUGCCUCCCAAGCGCCAAACUCUUAUGUUCUCAGCAACAAUGCCAUCUUGGAUAAGGCAGAUUUCUCGCAAUUACUUAAAUAAUCCAUUAACCAUUGAUCUUGUUGGAGAUUCUGAUCAGAAGUUGGCAGAUGGAAUUACGUUAUACUCAAUUGCUUCAGAUAUGUAUGGAAAAGCAGGGAUUAUUCAAACUCUAGUAACGGAACAUGCUAAUGGAGGAAAGUGUAUUGUUUUCACCCAAACCAAACGUGAUGCUGAUAGACUAGCAUAUUCCAUGCAAAAUAGCCUUAGGUGUGAGGCCUUGCAUGGAGAUAUUUCACAAGCUCAAAGGGAAAGAACUCUUUCUGGCUUUAGAGAAGGACAUUUCAGUGUUUUAGUGGCAACCGAUGUUGCUUCACGUGGGCUUGACAUACCGAAUGUUGACCUUGUAAUACAUUUUGAUCUUCCCAAUAAUUCAGAGAUAUUUGUUCAUCGAUCGGGAAGGACAGGUCGAGCUGGGAAGAAAGGAACUGCUAUCCUUAUUUAUACUCAAGAUCAAACCAGGGCUGUCAAGAUUAUUGAGCGUGAUGUUGGCUGUAGAUUUUCUGAGCUGCCGAGGAUUACUGUUGAAGGUCAAUCAGUAGGCAUGUUUAAUAGCAUGGGUGGUAGUCGAUCUAGCAGUUUUGGAGGCAUGCGGGAUCGUAGAUUUGGUGAUUCAGGUUUUGGCCGUGGUCCGGGAUUCAGCCGCUCCAGCUUUGGUAAUUCUGAUGAGAAGGGAAGGUAUGGUGGACCUAAUUCUGGUCGUUUCAGCGGCCCUGGAUCAAGCCAACCAAGAGGCGGGUUUGGGGGAUCAUUUGGUAAUUCUUCUGGUGAAAGCUCUGGUCGUUAUGGUUCCUUUGGUGGCUUUGGCUCUAGACCAUCAGACAGUGGUUUUGGCUCUAGACCAUCAGAUGGUGGCUUUGGCAGAUCCGGCAUGGAUCGAGCAGGAAGCACUGGAGGAUUUGGGUCUAGUCAUCCAAGUGGUGGCAGUGGAUUUGGUGGUUCAGCUCGUUCUGGUGGUUUUGGCUCUGGUCAAUCUAGUGUAUUUGGCGACAGAUAUUCAAGCCAAAGGAAUGCCUUUGGUGAUUCUCGAGGUAGUGGUGCUUUUGGGAAUGACCAGAAUAAUGAUCAGGACAGUGGGAGAAGGCUCUUCUGAUUUUGUGGCAUCUUGGCUUUAUCCCCACAUAUUACGAAGGAUGGAUGAGGUUAUGGCAUAGGGAUCACCAGUUACAUCCAUAUAUUUGUUUAGGAAGGGAGCUGUCACCUACAAGUUCCAGCAAGCCUCUCUGGAUUUGUUUGGCUCAUUAUCUUUCUUUUCGCACGGUUUACUGCAUGAAGUACCUCUAAAUUUUAUUGGAAGUUUUGAAGAGGCAACUUCAUGGCGUAUAGUAAUUCAACUUAAAUUCCUUCUAGCAGUUGAUGGGAGCAGAUUAAAAUAUAUACGAAAGGGUAGGGUGCUCUUCUGUUUAUAUUUAACUUCUACCAUGUAGUAGAGAACUAUCAUGGGCUAGCUAAUUGAUUGGUAAUAGUCAUACUAUCAUCAUGUUUAUCGUUACCCUCUUUUAUCGUGGUGCUUUUUUGGUUGUUCGUAACAUGAGUAACUGAAUUUAUUGUUACUGAGUUCAUGUAAUAAAAAUGUCACUAAAGUUGAUUUUAUGUAAUAAAUUGAGGAUCAAAUAGUUUAUCGGCCUUAUUGUAUACGGCAGAUUGUAAUCGAAAUUUGAAGGAGUCUUGCUGAGAUUGAUGUUAUGAUAUAUGUGUAACAUACUCUAUCGAGGCCUUGAA